CGUAACACACGAGGGCGCCGGCAAUUUUCACAUACAUCCUGGAUCUCGUACGCACAUGUCCUAUUUAUUUUGAUAAGCCAUUACGUUAUGGCAUCUGGCCGUCUUACGUCCUAAUCGCGAGCGACGUUAUCCGUGACGUAAUAGCCCUAGUCCAAACAGUUUUUUGCACCCUUUAUCGCGGGUGCGCCGGCCACAUAAAAGCAGUGUGAAACGUUCAGGAUACACAUUACAAGUGUAGCGGCUGAACAAGCGCCAACUGAACGCGACGCGUCAUUUUUCAAAUUCAAAUAUCGAACGCGCGACAAUUCGAAUUUGUGAUGUGCCAGUGAUAUAUGGACUGUGAAAGUGAAUGAACCAAAGAUUAUUUAUAUAUUAUUUUUGUAUCUGUGAUAAUUACCUAAUUUAGAAGAUAUGGAUUUCACGAUCUGCAACAAAUGUUCCUCGGAAAGGCAGGGAUCGUUUAAAAACGGUUUUUCCAAAAAGCUUUUGGUAGCUGUAUGCGUAGUACUAGUAGUCGCGAUGUGUCUCACGCCCGUGGAAUCCCGACCGCCACACAAAACAAGACACGACAAAGAAGAAAGAUUAAAAAAUAAGCUAAUGCCAAAAGAAGAAAGAACAAAGUCUAAGGCGCUGCCAAAGAACGUACCCCUCCACACGAUGUUAGCAAGGAAAAUAAUAAAAAAACUGAAGAACACGAGGCGGUUCUUCGAGGACGCGCGACAAGAAGUCAGGGACUCAAUGGAGCACAGAUAUGGCAACCCCAAAUGGUUGCCUAAAGUCAAAUUCACCGAGAUUCAUAACCACACUUACGAAAACUUGAAUAAUGGAAUGUCUAAGAAAAAAUUUGAGUACGUCGUGCCAAAGCUGUACAAAAGCUUAGUACAAUUCAAGUUGGUCUGGGAGCGCCUCGGCAACGUCACUAUCACCCAAUUGGACAUCCAUUUCCAGCAGAACUACGCGAAAAAACGCGAAUCUGUGAUUCGUUCGACACUCGACGAACUUUUCAAGCUUCUUACAGAAAUUGAAGAUGACAUGGAUAAAGCAAAUAUCCCUAAACCACAUAUUAACAUUAACAAACUAAAUCUAGAAGAUUUACAUAAAGACAACGUAGAAACCACUCUCUGUCUUCGACAAGAUAUGAUUGCUAUUAGAGCGUAUGCUAAUACAUUGAAGAAGUGGUAUUGGGAACUACGGUGUCCAGACGACUCGAAUACAAAACUGUCUGAACAAUGCAGAAGAGUUGACCAGACACUGUUCAUGAAAAGAACUCCACAGCGCAACGGCAAUUCUAAACGGCAUAGAAGACAAAGAAGGCACCGGCAUUUUAGUUCAAUCCCGUAGUUAUAGUUAGUCAGUGUUGCGUCAAGUUAUAACAAAUUUAUUGCAUUCCAUGAUUCCAAUGAUUUGAAUUCAUCUAAAACUAGACAAACAU